UCUUACAUGAGAUCGUCAGUGCUUUUGCGGAAAUUCAAGCGGCCAGUGUAGACAGCUGGCAAGUUUUUCCAGAAAAGCAGCUGCCAGUCUAGACACAGCCACGGAGUUACGACUGGACAGUAGGAUCACAUGCAGCAUAACAAAGCAAACAGAGUGAAUACAGUCUCCACUACACCACAUCCUGCCCCUCCGCUGGGUGAGCAGAGUGAGCCAUUGCAAACCAGAACAAGCCCUGGCUUUGCACUAACGUGCAGUGGCCGGGAAGUGGGCAUCAGGCCUGCGGGCAAAGGGGCAGCUGUUCCGGAGCCAGCGACUCAAAGGGGCCUAGUCCUGGCUGCUGCUGCAGUGACAGUGGUGGUGGCUGGAGCCCCGGGCCCUUGAAAUCGCUGCUGGUGUGAGGCGAAGUGCAAAGCGCUCCCAGUGGCACUGAGGGCUGUCUGUGACUCAGCAUGGUGCUGAAGGCUGCCGGCCCUUGGCCCCGUCCCGUCCAGGAGUGCAGAGCUGUGCCCUCUACCUUGCCCAGGGGCUGGCAGAGGCUAUUGCACCCGUGGUGGGCACCCACGCCCUGUGAUGAAAGCGAGAGCCAUGCCUAGUAGUUAAUGCAGGAGCUGGUAGCCAGGAAUUGGUGCCCAGGCUCAGAGCCAGCGGACAGGGUCAGACGUCAGGCUGGGGUCACUGGAGUGGACUGGGAAUGAACAAGGGCUAUCAAAGCCAGGAGCGCGAGCUUUGAGAUGCCGCUGUUGCUGCUGUGCUUAAGCGCGGCCUGUUGGCUUUUCUCACUUGCUGCAGACCAGCUGUGCUUGUUCGGUUGCCCAGAGGCUGCUCUGUGGCAGGCCCUGCUUCCUGCCAUGCAGCACUUUUCACCAGUUCUUUAGGUCCUUGCAGAAUGGGCUGCUCCUUUCAGUAGGCAGGGAAACUGAGGCAUGCCACACAGACAGGCUAAUUCAAAGUUGGUGCCUACAGUUAGGUAGCUAAACCCUUAUCUAAGGCUGGGGGCUCCUAAGGCAGCAGCACGCAUUUCAGAGGCCCCAAGUCCCUGCAGCUCACACCAGAAAAUCGGGCUGGCUCUCCUGACAGUGGUCCUGGUUUAUGGCUCUAACUGCAGGCACCUGCAUUCGAAGAUGUCUAUGUGACUUCUUCAAGGUCACGGGAGUCAGUGGCAGAAACAGAACUUAGGUCUCCUUUUGGCCACUUCCCUACUCUAGCCAGUAGGUGCUACUCCCCUCCGAAGCGGUCGUGAAUGCAUUACUAGCUCUGCUCCAUGAUGCGCUUAGCUCUGAACUGCUGUUGGCACAUAGGGCUUCAUUGAACCACUUGGCUUCUGCCUCCCAGCUCUGCCAGGUGCACGCUGGCACUCCCUGCUGAGCGCCAAGGCAGAGGACUGGUGCUGGGAUGAGCUACCACUCGAGCGGUGUGGGUAAGGGUGUAAGGCAGCCAUGUCUGUGAUGGAGGGGCAGGUCUUGCAGCUCACCUGUUCCCCACUACAUGCACCCAGGGCCAGGUGAAGCUGUAGCUACUGGCCAGCAGCUGAGCUAUUGCUCUGGACUUUCACAUGCAGAGCAGCUGCCUACCAGCUAUCGCCACCUUUCUGCAGGAGAGGCCCCGUCAUGCUGGCCUUGAGUGCAGAGCAUUGGGCCUGGUAGGGAAUGUGACAUUGGCUCAGGAGGAUGUCGGUCCUUUGGUGACAACAGAUCCGUUAACCCCCCCCCCACACACACACACACAUGAGGAGACAUUCCAAGGGGACUGUGAUUGCAGCUGGGGGCAGGCUAAUCUCAGUAGGCAGCAGCUGGGCCCCUGCUGCCUGGCCUGGGUGGGCAGCGAUGUGCUUUCCAGCACAGCUAGACACACACUAGCUCUGCUUGAAAAUGGCAGGGAGCUGGGGCAGCUUGGGCUCACCACCAGCGUUUGUCACCAGGACUCCAGGCAGUCUUGUAGCCAGCCGAGCUGCUGCCUGUGCAGCUAUUUAGCAUGCUGGCUUGAGCCGAGCUCGGGGGCUGUUACCUGUGCUGGAAAGUGUGAGCCCAGGCCCGGUGACCCUGCUGACUGUCAGGAGGUCAUGCUGAUCCAGAUGAAAGGAAGGGUUUCCUAAUUCGACAUCUGUACUGACUGAACAGUUCUGGUGUUUGUGGGACAACCAGCAGCGGGAUGCCUGGCCAGCUGUCACUGGGCACAAUGCCAAGGCCUCUGGCUGCCCGGUGCUGCCUGGGAAAAAGCUGCACAGCUCUGUAGAGGUAUGCCUUCUCUCUUUUCUUACAGGAGAAGAGGAGUUUCUGGGGUUGAACAACUGAAGGGAACACAGGGAGGGGCAGCUGGAAUCGCAGAAUAAGCCCCAAGAGCAGCUCCUGGGAGGAGAAUGUUGGGAAUCAAGUUUGUGCUGAUUGUGUGUAGAUUGGGCUCCAUGCACAGGAAAUGUCUCUAAAAGGAACAGUAAUAAAUGAGCAGUGUACAUGCUUCCCCUCUUGGUCCUCCCCCCUCGCCCAUCACCAGGGUGCACAAGUGUUGGCCGUAAUCAGCUGUGCGAGGCAGCCCUGAGAGCCACGCUCCCCCACUUUGACUCAAUUCAGCCAUCACUUUUGAGUCUCUUUCCACCUCACGCUCCUGCCAUGCUCCCUUCACUAGACCCUCUGCAGCCCUGGCCUGUGUCUAAGCAGGCCUGGGUUUGCUUGCUGGCUUGCACAGCAUUGAUGCCUCCUGCAGAAUGUGGAGUAGAUUCUGUUCCUGCAUCUCUUCUCUCCCCCGAUGGAACUGGGGACGCUAGCAUGAAACGGGAGCCGUGGUUCUGAACAGGGCCUGUGCCCUUCUUGUCCUCAUCAGGCUGUCGUGAUCCAAUGCUAGGGAAUCGCCCCGAAGAACCCACCACAGGCUGAGGAGAAUGCAGAGGAGAUACUUGGUUAACUACAAGAAAUGGGGAAACACCCAAAAAACCCGAAUCAAAGGCUGAAAUUUGGAAGCCGAAAGUUUUGGGUCCUUGAGCUCUGGGUCUGGGCUCUGCUGAGUGCAGUGUGGGUGGUAUGAGGGGCCCUGGCAUUGAAAGCUGCAGUGCAGGAGCUCAGGUGGGCUGGGGCACCAGCGAGUCGCCCUGGGCUGUUCAUUGGCCAUGAUUAGUGCCAGGAGGAAGCUGAGGCCCAGCCCUGCAGCCCUGGCUCCAGCGGCUCAGCCCCUGGAGAGCAGACAUCUGGAACAAGGAUCUGUAUCUCUCGAAGCUACGGCUGAAGGUGAGGCUGUGGACUAAGGUCCCCACUUGUCUCUCCAGGCACAAAACCUGAGCGCCAGUGCAGCGACUGGACGGGACGACCUCCUGAGAGCUCUUCCAGCCCUCAUCUCUGAAUCCAGCACCGCCAGGCCAUUGCCUGCGGCAGCUGUGGACUCACCGUCAGGGAGGGUUGACGAUCGCCUGUCAGGGAUGCGCGAGGCUGGUUGUUCUCCCUGGCGGCUUUUCACCAGCCUCCAGCCUCUCCCAGCUGGGAAAGUGAGGUGCAACGAGGGCAGGUGACUGGCCCAGCACCACACGUGAGCCAGUCACAGGCAGGCCUGGAGCCCAGGGGUCCCUCCUUAGCCCUCCCAGAACCUAGGACUCCAGGCUCCCAUGGUGGACUGGGUAUGGGGCUGGAGGUGGCAAUAAGACAGGGAGGGCUGGAGGCUGAAAUUUGGGAGGGCAGUGGGGGCAGGGCUCGGGGAUGCCUGGUGGGCAGUUCCUGGUUUCCCGAGGGUCAAGUAGAGGCGUGACAAGCCCCUGCUACUCAAGUUGAGCUCUGCAAUAAUAGUUACAGGCAGUGAAUUUUAACUCUGGCCCCCCAGCCCUGGCUGCCUGGCUCCUUGGGAAGUGGGCAGGGAGUGUGCAUUGACCUGUUAAUGGGCAGGCAUGGCUAAGCUAUUGCGUAGAGACAGGCCCUGCACAUGCUUCACCUUAGCGCAAGGCGAGAAAGGCAGUUGUCUUGGGCCCCGCACUGCACAGCACUCGCUGCCCGGGCGCACGGUGCAGCAUGCCACCUUGGGUCCCGCACACGCUUUGGGGGACCUGCUCACUUGCAGGAAGGAAAGCUGAGACUCUGCAGCCAGGCGGGUCUGGGUAGCCGAGGUAUGCACUGGGGGCUGGGGACCGAGUGGCUGCGAUCGAAUCGGUCGACGAGGCUGCCUAGCCCACUAGCGCCAGAGACCCAAGAAGCUGGGGCUGGGGGGUGAAGUCUCCUUCUGGCUUGGCCACGUGCCACCAUCUCCCACCAAGCAGAGGGCUGCCCACAGGCCUCGCUCUCCUUUCUUCGACUGCCUGCCCCACUCUGGCCAAGCAACCAGGCCGGAAAAAGCCUCCACAGUCCCCUCCAAUCAGCGAGAGGCUCAGCGGGAGCCAAUCAGAGGGCGGCUUGCUGGGGCAGCCCUGAUAUAAGGAGCUGCUCGGCCAUGCAUAGGGCAGUUGUGUCCUGACCAGCAAAGGGCAGGCCCCGGCCCCCUGGGAAAAGCACUUUGGACAGAGACGGGCUGGGCCGGCUCAGGGCAGCAGAGAGAGGCUCCUGCCUGACACCUCCCAGGCUGAGGCCUUGCUACAAGGGCUGGGAGGCUGCUAGGGUCAUGGGGAAGGGGUCCAGGCACGUUGAGGGCAGCCAGCAGUGUGAACGAGGGCAGGACGGGGCCCCUGGGCUGGGAUCCAGAGGAACAGGUGGGCCUGGAUCUUCUCCCUUGCACCACACCUUGCCACCAAGGAGCGUGGCCUUUACCAGCUGCCAUUUGCCUCUGAGGCGAGGGGCCAGACUUUGGGGCUGCAGUUGGCCACGGUGGCAGGCCUGCUCGUUGAGGGCCCGGAAUGGGGAGAGGACAGCGGGGCGGGCACAGCUGGAGGACAUGUCCGGAAGAGGAUGCUGCCGUCCAGGGAGCGAGGUGGGUCCAAAGCCAGAGAGGGAAGAUAGUGGAGCACCAUGAAGGUGGGUGAGACACCAGUCAGAAGGAGGGGCCAUAACUAAUUCCCAGUGUGACCAGCAGGAGGUGCCUCGGUGGUGAGUUGACCCCCACUACGGCGUGGAACACGUGUUCAUAUUGAUGUGUGGAGGGAGAAGUCACUAGAGGUGGGUCUGUGCCCCACUGAGGGGUGGCAGAACGUCGCAGAGCUGGCCCGUUCUCGGGGUCACGUGUGCGCGUGUCUGUAACCUCAGAGCCAGGGCGCUAGGACUGUGCUUCCUUGGCAAUAAACCUGGCCAAGCACCUCGUCCCCCAUGCCACGUGUGUGGUGGUUCUGGUAGUGCUACUGAGGGCUGCGGGGCCAGUGGGUGGAGGGGACACGCACCCAGCGGCCGCCAUGGAGAAGCCAGUGAUGCAGGCCUGUGUCACAAAGCUCCUUCCGACAUCAUAGUCCAAGGACCACAGAAAAGCGGGUUCCAAAGGCAGAGCUCUCUGGCUCAGCAGCUGGUGGGAGGGGAGGACUCGGUGUGUCUCUGGGCAGGGGCCCAGCGUGUGACUGUGACAGGAACCUCUGCCACCAUGAAGUUCCAGAGGAAGAGGGACAUCAAGCAGCAGAUUCGUGAGCUGCGUGCCAUCAUCUCACUGCAAGAGCAAGGGAAGAAGCUCUUUGCGCAUUCAACAGAGGAGAAGCUCAAUCAGAACAAAGAUCUCAUCAGCUUCCUGCGUGGGAAUGUGCACGACAAGAUGUGCCUGCUGGGCAUGGCUCAGAAGCAUGACCAAGUGACCAUUUCCCAGGCGUGUUGGGAGCAAAAGCGGCUGAAGAUGCAUUUAGCCAGGAGCACCGUGGAGGCUGCCCGCGAGACGCUGCAGAACUCCAUCUUUGAGAGGAUGAACGUGCACAAUAUGCUGCUGUACGAGGCAAAGCAGCAGGGAGCCAUGCUGGAGGGGCUGCAGCAGAAGCUGCAACACCUGACAGACAUGGAAGGAGCUGACAGACAGGGCCAGCUGCAGCUGCAGGUGAUUCGUCAGCUGGAGAAUAACAUAGAGAAGAUGCUGAUGAAGAUCACGACUGGCGAGAAGAUUUAUUACCUGUACCUAAAGAUGGUGGAUUUCCUGAAGGAUGAACUAGCCCAGCUCCCUUUGCAGCUGAACGUCCUUCAGCACAUGGUAGACGUCUACCAGGUGGAGCUGAAGGGCAUGAGACUAAUGGCUGUGGAUGCCACUGAAGCGACAGAAGCAGCCAAGGCAGACAUGACCAACAUGGAAAGUGAGUUCAUUGCAGAGAGGAAGUUCCGGGAGAAUUCCCUGAACUUCCAAAAGAAACAGAUCGACAGGAUCCGGGUCAAGGACGCAAGUGAGCGGCACAGGAGAGUGCAGGCCAGGCGAGAGCUCAAUGUGGAUUUCCCAACCCUGAUAUCACGUGACUCGCUGAAAGGUGCAAAGCUGGAGGCCUCCAAAGCCCAGAUUGAGCAUCAGGCCCUAGUGACGGCUGAGGUGGACAAGAUCAAGUGUGCAGUACAGUGCUCACACCUUUGGGAUAUCGCAGGGAGGUUCCUGGCCCAGCAGAAGUCUGGGGAGAACCUGCAACAGCAGAUAGUGGAAUGUGAGCAAAAGCGUAAGGAGCUGGAGGCCAACUUGAAGGAGCUGGAACUGGAACGUGCAGAGCUGAAAUUCCACCAGACCCCAAGCUCCAUAAGCUCUAGGAAACUGGAGGAAGAACUGAAGCGGAAUUUGGAGGAGGAAGAGGUCCGGCUACACCAGGUGCACACCCAAAUGCUGAAGAAUCAGGAACUUCUGCUCAGCUUUGAAAAUGGUGUUGACAACCUCCUUAUUCGCCUGUGUGGGAUUACUGUGCCUGGCCAUGGUGACAUUCGCGUGGACACCAGCGAUGCGUAUGACAAGCUGCAGUUCUGUGAGAUGAAGCUGUUGCACUUGACAAAAGUCAUGACCAACCUCCCAUCCUACAACUUCAGCAGGGAGGAGAACAAUGAGACCUAUGUAAAAGUUAGGAAUUUCCUGGAGGAAAGUACAAGGAAAGAGCGCCAGAACCUGAAGAUUUCUUUUGAGGAUGAAGAAGAUGCUGUUAGAGAUGCCUUUGAUUUUGCUGACAUUGACCACAGCUAUGUGCCAAGCCGAGAAGAGAUAAAAAAGCAGGGUGCGCGCCUGAUUGAAACCAUGACCAAGGCUGCCAAGAAGAAGCAACGCGGAGGCAGGAAAGGCACCUAAAUCACUAGGCCGCGGCCUCACUCCAAAAGUAACUUUAUUUCAGACUCAAUAAAGGACUUCAUUUUCCUUGACUGGCCGCAUGCUGCCCAGGCCCACUCAGUACCCUGAAAAACUGGGCGCUUGGGCUGAUGAGGGACAAAUCCUGCCAGGGUGCUCAGUGAGGUUGCCAUCUUUGAAAUGCAAAAAUAAAAGAAAAAGCCCUUUCAAGGCAAGCCCUCCACAACCCCAACUUCAAGAACAAGGCAACUUGGCAACAGCUCCUUACAGUCUAGAUCAGGGCUACUCCACUUUGGAAGCCCCAGGGGCCACAUGAUACUCUUGUGUCUUUCAAUGCUCACUCUGCCUGAGAGAUGCCUUGCUGUUGUGGAGCGUGUUCCCAUUGGAGGUCAUGUUCAAGGGAUUUCCACCUGUAGGCCGUGUGUUCAGCCCCAUGUAAACCCAAACUGCACCGUGGGCUGCAGGGCCGCAUCUUGA